AUGGCUGUCCUCGCGAGCGGAGGGCCCAAGGACGAGCUGCGCGGUCUGAACGAGCUGGACGAAAAGCAUCAAAUUCUCGCAAAUUGCAGCGGUGAUUACGAGUCAGCGCUGGUGCUGUACCAUCGAGCAGCGAAUUUGUUCCCGCGCGAUAGCAGUCACAAGGUGGCAGUGAUGAGGGCAACAUCUACGAUAAGCUCCUGUAACGAUCCGCCCAGAGCUCCGCGGAGAACAUCGACGAGUAACGAAUCCGAGGAGAAUUUGGUGGCGAGCCUGUGUCCCGAGACCGCCGCCAUUUUGGCGAACGAGAAACUCAAGAAGACACCGAAUCCUGCUUCUGUUACCGAAGUUCUGAGCUACUUUGACAAUCACAAGAGGUUCUGGAAGACUCUGCCUAGCCCACGACCCACGAACACUCGGCUGGCGCGAUCUAAAUUGAUGCUGCGCCAACUGAGCAACGCAGCCGACAGGUAUCUCGCGGAUCUAGAGUCUGCCUUCAAUGCCGGCAAGAUGGCCGCCUCGGCGAAGGUUGCCCAGGAGCUGCUGACGGUGUCCGAGGCCCUGGAGGACCCGAGUCGUUACCAGAUCGCCUCCUAUCAUUAUUUAUCCCUGAUCCACGUGGCCCUGAAGAGGCACGACCUGGCAGUUUGCAGCGCGUCGCGUCUGAUACGCCUGUCGAAGAGCACCGGCGACCUCGUGCAGUUCUGCAGAGCGCUGGUCACGCUCGGCAAGGUGCACCUCAGCUUCGGACACCUGAACGCGGCUGCGAAAGCUUGGGAACACUUGGCUGUUCACCUCGAAGAGCCGAUACCCGCCGCUUGGAUCAGGCACGAGAUCGGCCGGUGUUACUUGGAGACCGGCAAGUACCCGCAGGCGAUGGACAUGGCGGCGGGAUGCGUGCAGGCUGCGGAGGAGGCGAAUUGCGGCAAGUGGCUGCUUCACGGGAAGCUCUUGCUAGGCCAAAGUCUAGCCAAGCUGGGGAGGUUCGCGGAGGCGUCGCGGGAGCUACGGAUAGCCGCGAGGAUCACCGAGGAGGAAGGCGACACUCCGAUGCAGUCUUACAUCCGCGAUCUCAUUGCUCGCGUGACGAGCGCUCUAAAUAGAGCCGAAGAAUCGAAGAUUCGAUCCUCGAGAAGCGACGAAGUCACCGACCAGCGUCUCGGACGAUGCAGCCGGCUCGUCGAUAGAACGGAGACUGUAAUCACUUACUCGCAGAAGAGGAUAAUCACGGAAUACAAGGGCGACGGGUCUAGCAGCGAAGCGUCGGUCGAUGGAGAGACAACGGCGCGGCUCGAGCAUUCAACGAGAUCUGAUCUGGACGAAGAGAAUUCAGCUUCUCGCGGCGACGGCACUUUCAGAGUCGAGGAACCAACGAAGACAUCCAAAGACGAGGAAGACGUAUCCUCUGUCUGCAGCGAACAGUCUUCUUCAGCUGCUUCUUCGGCUUCCUAUGAACUGGAAGAAACGGGAAACCUUGGAGAGGACUCGGACGAAGUUUCGGAGGUGCGCGCAGCUGAGACUGAUGCAGCAAAGGGUGUACCGAAGCGCCAGACGAGCGGAACGUCGAUGAAGACCGUGAACACCGACGCUACCUACGUGAUAGAGGAUCGAGAUGAUGACGGCGUGUCAGGGAGAAUGGGGACAGACGACGUCUGCGGGAGGACGGCGGCUCGUAAAGAGGACGACGCGACGGUAAGCAGCGUCCGGAUGAUCGAACAGCUGGCUAUGGAAGAUCCCGAGCUGCUCAAGAUGGCGAGGAACCUGCUGAUGAUGUCGGGAACCGGUGAUCGAUCGCGCGAUUCCGGGGACGCGGAGCGCUUCGGGAUUUUCUGGGCCGGGGCUGGGCGGGACUAG